AUGAUUGGGCAAAUUCUAAACAUCGAGCCUCUCACCGGAAAGAACGCUACAAAAGAUCGGGUCUUAAGCGGGCUUAACUCAGUUUCGUUAGUGCACAUAGCAGCACAUGGUCGUACAGAAACCGGAGAAAUCAUUUUGUCUCCUAAUUUUCGUAGUAGUGACAAAAGACCUGAAGAGAAAGACUUUCUUUUGAAGAUGGCAGACGUGUUGGAUGCAAAAGUGCACGCCAAGCUUGUUGUCUUAAGCUGCUGCAACAGUGGGCGAGGAAAGAUCAAAGUCGAAGGCGUGGUUGGUAUUGCACGCGCCUUUUUAGGAGCCGGUGCGCGUUCUGUUAUUGCGACUCUGUGGGCGAUUGAUGACGAAGCCACUCUUGCGUUUAUGAGACACUUUUACGAACAUUUAGUAGCAGGGCAAAGUGCAAGUAAGUCACUUCAUCAUGCCAUGAAAAGGAUUCGGGAGUCGGAAAAAUUCAAGGCCGUGAAGCACUGGGCUCCAUUCGUGCUGAUUGGUGAUGACGUAACAAUGAAUUUUGGCCAAUAA